AUUAAACAAGACACUUCAGAGAGAGUUUGUCAGAUACAAAUGAAAAGAAGACAUUUGUGUCUGGGUUGGGGAGUUAUGCUACCUGUCUCUAAAGCCUAGUUUCAGUUUCAGUUCAGUGAGGGAGAAUAAAAUGAAGUUUGCAUUCCAGAACUUAUAUUCUAGAACUGAGCUGAGUCAGUUCCCCAAGUUCCUUUGCUUGUAGACGAGGUUUUCUCCGCCUGAGCCCUGCUGGUGCUUGGGGCUGCCCGUCUGCUGCAGGACGUUCAGUAGUUGGUCCUGGCCUUUGUCCACUACAUGCUGGUAGCAUCUCCCCACUUGUGACAACAAAAGAUGUCCCCAGAUGUUGACAUGCAUGUCCCCUGUGGGCCCAAAUCACCUCCACAUAAAGAGCUACUACUUUAGAUGUGUAUCUAGAACUGUGGUUUCAAAUAAGUAAUAGUAAUGAAAGUCAAAGACGUCUCCUUCCCCUCAUAUGAAUAGGAGUUACCAUCAGCUGUGCCACUGGGAUGGAUAAAGUAGUCUUUGCAUGCAGCCUGUAAAAUCAGAGGCUGAUGGUUCUCCUUGUCCUCCUUAAAACACUUCUCCAAUUCUCUCUACCCUUUCUGCAAGCUUCUUUCUGUUCUUCUGUGCAUCUUUGUCUCUCCCUGCAUUGUGAGGUCUUCUAAGGGCAAGCAGAGGCCAUGUAUCCCCUUCUCUCCCAGUUAUUUUAAGGUGAAGCGGUGGUGACCAGUUCCAGAUGGCUGUUGGGAGAAAGUAAACUUGAAGAAAAGGAGAAGCACUGAGUUAGAUUUCCUGUGCUUCAACUUUUAAAACUUUUCCACUGUGAUAUAAAAAGCCCCAAAGCAUGUGGAAAUAUGAAUUUAGAGCGUGACUGGAGAUAGGAGUGUGUGAGGAAAAGUGUCGCAAGCAAACUGAAAUCGCUGUACUCUUGCUAAGGCAGGUGGUAUGCGACUUUGACCUGACCCAGUGAUUCUUGCCCCAGCAGCUUAAGGCUGCUCCUGUGACUGCAUCGACUGAAGCAAAGGCUGCUCAUACUUGCCCCAGGAGGCUGCAGGGUGAUUCCUCAGAGAGUCACAGAUAAGAAUUUCCCAGAGUUUGUCCCAACUCUAAUGUUGCACAGUUUUAAUCUUUAAAUGCCACACAGGCUGCAAAGGCCCUUUGCAUUGCAGCAGGAUGAUCCGCUCCUACUGAUUGAGCAGUAAUUUCUUCGCAACUAUUGCAAAGUAUUUGACCAAGCAGCACCCACCUUGUGUGACAUCCUCAUGCAGUUGUAGAUAUGAAAUUGUGACUCGUUGCAACAAUAUAGAGCCAUUAUGAUUUUUAAAGUUCUCUUUUUUUCUUUCCCUGCUGGUUAAUGAAAACUCUGGCUUUCUUAUUGUUUCCUGAAUCACAUUUUGCUCAGUUCUUUUCUUUCAUAAUGGCUACUUUCCCCUUCAACUGACGUCAAGACUCUGCUGCCUCCUGUAAUUUCCCUACUUGCUUUCUCUUCUGUCUCUAUCUGUGCCUUAACAAUGGAAAAGAAAAAAUUGGGAAGGCAUAUUUUGGGAAGGGAGGGGCCAGAGCAGCCUAGAGGAGGUGUUUAUUUUGUAAUUGUGAUGUUUCUUUCUUUGCUUAUGCAUCUCUAACUUACCCUCUGGUCAAGAGUGUUGUCACCUAUACAGAAAAAUGAACUAGGAAGGAAGACGUGAACACGACCUGGGUCCUGCUCUGUGCCCAGUGGCGGCCUGUGCUUUCAUAGACAUUGUUUCAUUUAACCUUUGAGAAGCCAUUUGAGUAUUUUUGUCCCCUGUUUGUAGGUGAGGAAAUGAGACAGAGAGGUUUCUCUGUCAUUCUCACAGAGGGCCACUGAUCAAAGGCAGGUCGGUCUGACCCCAGGUCUGUGCUCUGUUGCCAUCACAGAGGGAAGGGAGAGGAACAGGGGUCCCUGGAAGACGGGGUACCAUGAAGGACACUCGGAUCUGGGGUGGUAGGAUAUGAGACCUGGCUGUAAAGGCAGCUUCGGUUCUGUGAGAAAGACUAAAACCAACCGAGUUCUUAGAAGAGUGCUGAUUUCUGGAAGGAGCGUCUUGAUUUGAGGUGGCAGCUGUGCCUUCCCUCAGGGCAUAGGAAAUACGAUUUAACCAUUGGACAGCUUCUCUUCACAAAGGACAUCAUGAUUAGUUAAGGGUACAUUUAUUCUACUUGUAUUAAAAGUGUCCCAAAGAUGGCGGCGUGCAAGGAGAGACAGAGGCUUCCUCCUAAAACUGGAUACAAUUAGAAAAUUUAAUAGGCGCAACUAAUCCUGAGAGAGCAGCAGGAAAAAGGACGGCGUCAGACUGCACACACCUGGAGAAAGGAGCAGACCUCAGCGAACGGGGUAACGUGCAGAGCUGUGGCCCCGCGGGACCCGAGCCCCUCCCCCACCCCAGCUCACGCGCAUCUCCGGGCGUCCGAGAUCCCCGGACAUGUAGCAGUUUGGUUCCCGUGGUAACUCAGCGCGCGGCGUCACGCUUCCGUGUCCGCGAGCUGAGAGCCUCUGUGAUGUCACGGGGCCACUUCCCGGCCGGUGGCAGAGUCGGACCGAGCUUGCGGUGACUGGGGCGCCAUGGAGGCCACUGGCGACGUCGAGCAGCCGCGGGGACCCGGCUGGGCUGAGCGGGACGGCCCCGAGCUGGCAGACGCGGGCGCAGCGGGGCAGCUGGCUCCCAAGAACCCGUGGAAUGUAAUGAUAAAGCACCGGCAGGUGCAGCGAAGGGGCCAUCGCCCACAGAUCACCACGAGCUUCACAGACCCUUCCGUCUCCAUGGACCUCCUCGGAGCUGUCUUGCAGCCUAGCAUCAAUAAGGACAUCCAGACUGUCUUUGACAAGUACAUGAAGUUCUUCCAGAAGGGAGCACUGAACGUGCGAGAAAAUGUCGGGGAACAUGUGGAUGCAGAGGAGCUGAUCCAGGAGACCUGUCGGAACUGCCUAGAACGGGCUAAAGUACUGUUUCCUAGUAGAGAAAAAGUAAUGCCCACAUCGAUCCCUGAGCUUCCAGGAAUAAAGCGUGCCAGGCAGGCAGAAGAGGAAUGUGCCCAUCGCAAAAGCCCCAUUCCCAAAAAGAGGAAGCAACGGCCUCUUGGACACAUGAUCUCAAAUGACCAGGCAGCUGCCAGCAAGGUACGGAAACCAAAAUCCUGUGGACCAAAUCCCAGAGAAGGCCCCAAGUGGGACCCAGCUCGGCUGAAUGAAUCUACCACCUUUGUGUUGGGAUCUCAAGUCAACAAGGCCCUGGGGAUGGGGGGCACCAGAGGGAGAAUCUACAUCAAGCACCCAUACCUCUUUAAGUAUGCGGCUGACCCCCAGGACAAGCACUGGCUGAUUGGGCAGCAUCACAUGCUGGCAACAGAGGGGAAGAUGGCCUGCCUCCUCGUCGAGGAGGACAUCCGGGACCUCGCUGCCAGCGAUGACUACAGAGGAAGCCCGGACCUGAAGUUAGAGGAGCUGAAGUCCUUUGUCCUACCCUCCUGGAUAGUUGAGAAGAUGAAAAAGCACAUGGAGACACUACGUAGAGAAUGAGCAUUGUGCUGUUGGAGCAUCUUCACAGACCUGAAGCCCACUCCCCUGGGGACACUUGGCAGUUCCCCUCCACGGCCCUCAUACCCACAUGGGUGGGGCCACGGCUGGGACUGCUCCUAGAUGAUCUCAGCAGCAUUAAGCUGUGCCUGGUAUAGUUUGUAGUGACUCACUGCAGGGCACCCCCAGACUGGCAUGUAGUUAGACUUUGGUAAAGUUAUUAGGAUAAGAUAGUUCAUAAAUAGUUUGUAAUAAAAACAUAGAUGGUGAAAAAAAAAAGCCUAAAAAUAAUUUGUUGAAAGGAAUAAAAGAAAACUUGAAUAAGUGGAGGAAAAAAAAGUGUCUUCAAUUUUACUGGAGGAGAUAGGAGUAAUCCGAAACAGUUAUCAGUGUGCUUAGUUUAUAAUGCACGUGUGUGUGUGCAUGUGUGUGCGUGUGUGUGUGUUUUGCGGGGGAGGAGAGGGGCUGGAGUGGAUAGGUGAGGAAGUAAGGUAAGGGAGAUGUGUGUCAAAUGUGUGUGUGUGUGUGAGUGAGUGAGAGAAAAUGCGAGCGCGUGUUUGUGGUGGUCGGGGAAUUCACCUUGGAGCUGCAGUUGGCUUCCUGGUUCCUGCUAAAGAAUAUCACCUCUUGCAGAUUCUGAACCAUAAAAAGCUAGGUGCCGCCUUUCUUUACUUUGGCUUACCAAACUUACACCUUUUCCGAGGGAGGGAACUUUAGGAUAGCCGGGGUGCAGGGGGAGGGAGUUGUAGGGUUACUGAGCUCAAGUGCUUCCUUGGCUCCAGCUUUCUUCCACUCUCUGGAGUCUUUUCGCUGACUUGCCCUGUGGGACUACAGAGGAAAUAAGUUCACCAAGAGAGUGACAAGUAAAUAGGGGUUGCUGGAGGAUUGAUUGGUCAUUAUGUAAAACAGUUUCUCAAACAGGGAAGGAGAUUAAUACUCUCACUUAAAACUGGCAGAAAGGUUUAUACUUGCUACUGGAACUGGACUGACGUUUAACUUGUCAUCUGAAAACACUACAAAUUAACUAUUUUAAGCCAUGAAACAAAGUUUGUAGUAACAGACCUGGCAAUUAAUCACCUAGAAUUUGUCUCUUAAAAAAUGACGUAUGACAGCUCCACCAGGUGGCUGCCAACAGAGAGUGAGACAGGCCGGCAGCCACCAGGAGGAGAGAGGAGCUGCUCUCGAUUUUAUUGGUGUGUCACUUUGAUAAUGUCAAAAUUCAGUUUAGUGAAGGGCAAAGAAGGGAGACCACUGCAGAUUUUUCUAGGAAAUCUUGUCUGAAAAAAAAAAAAAAAAAAAAACACCACGAGAUCACUAUGACUCACUUUUGACAUGUAAAUACCUGAAACCCAUAGACAGUUUUCUGAUGGGCUAAUCGUGCCACAGUCUUACGAGCGCUCGUUUUGGCUGUUAUUUUUGGUUUUCUUAAAAGGGCAGAGGAUACUGUAGUUCCAUAGCUUAGUUUUGGCUUGUGACCACUACACACUUGAGUGUGAUCUAGCUCAGAUGCCAAAUGUCACGGUGUGUCCUGCAUCACGGUGCAGCAGGAGAAAUGCUGGUGACCUUUUUUAGGUUCUAGGCUUUGCUGGUUUUAGGCUCUGCUGCUCUUAGGCAAGUGGCUUCUUUUUCCUGGCCCUCAAUUUUCUCAUCUAUGAAAUUAAUGAAUUGUACCGGCUGAUCUCCAGAAACUUGGCCAUGUGUACAAGUGUUUGAAUGACUUUCGUUUUAUUUUGGAAAAGAAUAAACUUGUUAAACAUUUGAAACCAAACCAGGAAAGCUGAAGGGGAAAAGCUAAUUCAGCAUACACAUUUACAUUUUUUAAAUUAAACUCUACAUUAUGAUAUUGAUGAUAACUGGAAUUAGACAGUCUUUACUAUUCUCUCUAGUUCUAAUAUGGCACAGAUGUGAUAAUAAAGCCCAUAUGCAGCCUCAAUGAAAAUAUCUGAUUGGACAUAAAAUGUUAAAAAGUCUGGUAAGUAAAUUGAGCUGUCAAAUUAUUUUAGGCAGCACAAAGAAUUAUAGAAAAGAAACAU